AUGGAGGCGCAUUCGGGCUUUGCAUCCUGCUUUUGUGCUCCCACCUCAGCCGGGGAGAGCCUUCAUAAGAGACGUGUGGGUUUUUAUUCCUGCUGCUUUACCUUUCCGUGCUGCCUCCUCCUCUGCUCAGAGCCCCAGCUCUGUACACACACCACUGAUCCCAACUCAGCAGCAAAGCACCGGCUCUGGCUGGGCACGCAGCCCUGCAGCCUCCUCCUGCCUUCCCAAUCCCCACUGAUUUCUCCUUCUGUCCCUACCAGGCAUGGGGCAGCAAAGAACGAGGACACCUCCAAGACCUCCCCGUUCCACCUCGACCUCUGGUUCUACUUCACACUGCAGAACUGGGUGCUGGACUUCGGCCGUCCCAUUGCCAUGAUAAUCCUGCCGCUGGAGUGGUUUCCCUUGAACAAACCAAGUGCUGGAGAUUAUUUCCACAUGGCUUACAAUGUUAUAACACCAUUUCUUCUGCUAAAGCUCAUCGAGCGCUCCCCAAAGACGCUGCCACGAUCCAUGGUGUACGUCAGCAUCAUCACGUUCGUGAUGGGCGCCAGCAUCCACCUGGUGGGCGACUCCGUCAACCACCGCCUCAUCUUCAGUGGCUACCAGCACCACCUGUCCGUCAGGGAGAACCCCAUCAUCAGGAACCUGAAGCCAGAGACGCUGAUUGAUUCCUUUGAGCUGCUGUAUUACUACGACGAGUAUUUGGGUCACUCGAUGUGGUACAUCCCCUUCUUCCUGAUCCUCUUCAUAUACUUCACCGGCUGCUUCACACCCGACAAGGAUGAGAGCAGGAUGCCAAUAUCUGCACUGCUGCUGACGGGGCCGAGCAGCCUCUAUUACUGGUACCUCGUGACCGAGGGGCAGAUCUUCAUCCUCUACAUCUUCACUUUCUUCGCCAUGAUGGCUUUGGUGAUGCACCAGAAGCGCAAAGGGCUGGUGUUGGACAGCAACGGGCUCUUCCUCUUCUACUCGUUCAUCAUCACCUUGGUUCUGAUUGCUGUGUGGGUGGUGUGGCUGUGGAACGACAAAACCCUCAGGAAGAAAUACCCCGGGGUGAUUUACAUCCCCGAGCCGUGGGCUUUUUACACCCUGCACAUGAGCAACCUCCAGGCGGCGAAGGAGAGUUUAUAGGUUUUGAUAUUUGGGAGCGAAUCAAAGGAAUAAAAAAAAAAAAUAAAAAUAAAUAAAAUAAAAUCUAGUUUUUCUAAUGUA